UGAACCCUCUCCCCGCUCGCGUCGUUCGUUUCCACGCCGUCGUGCACGCGUGGUUUUCUACGGCUCUUCCUUUUUCACACUGCCGUCGCCAGCAAACUCCACUUUGAGCAACGACUGUUGUUUCGCUCGCUGUUUCUCUGCGGAAGCACAAGCUGAAGUCGUCGCAGAGGGACAAGGUCCGGCAGUUUAUGUCCUUCACGCAGGCGGGUGAGAAGACUGCCAUCUACUGCCUGACACAGAAUGACUGGAAGCUGGAAGUGGCCACCGACAAUUAUUUUCAGAACCCGGACUUGUACAGCAAGGAGUCCAUGAAGACAUCGGUGGACCGAAAGAAACUGGAGCAACUUUUUAACCGUUACAAAGACCCCCAAGAUGAAAACAAAAUCGGCAUCGAGGGUAUUCAGCAGUUUUGCGACGACCUAGUUCUAGAUCCAGCUAGUAUCAGCGUUCUGGUCGUGGCGUGGAAGUUUCGUGCCGCCACUCAGUGCGAGUUUUCGAAAAAGGAGUUCAUGGACGGCAUGACUGAGUUGGGGUGCGACAGCACAGACAAGCUUAAGGCCAUUUUGCCGAGACUGGAGCAAGAGCUGAAAGACGGCGGGAAAUUUAAGGAUUUCUACCAGUUCACCUUUAAUUUUGCCAAAAAUCCAGGACAGAAAGGUUUAGACUUGGAGAUGGCUGUCGCUUACUGGAACUUGGUUCUUCUAGGUAGAUUCAAGUUCCUGGAUCUUUGGAAUCGAUUUCUUUUGGAACACCAUAAACGCUCCAUCCCAAAAGACACAUGGAACUUGCUGUUGGACUUCGGGAACAUGAUAGCAGAUGACUUGUCCAACUAUGAUGAGGAGGGGGCGUGGCCUGUGCUUAUAGACGACUUUGUGGAAUUCGCUCGACCCAUCGUGACGGGAACGAAACGUAAAACUCUCUAAAACAAAAACAAACUGGGAAGGAGGAUAUUUCUUUUAGAGAGACUUCGUAGGUUUUUUUUGAAGGAGGAUAUUCUUAAUUUAAAAAAAAAAAAAAUGGUGGCCAACAGCAGCACUUGGAGGACAAACGUUGCCGGAACGAUCCAGCCUCGUCCUGCCGGCGCUCCUCGAAGGACAUCGACGCGGCACGGAGACGACAGAAAAAAGGACAAAAGGAGUGCUCACGACACCAGCACUACAACUUGACCGUGCAUACUGUAUCUAUUUACAAAAGAGAACUAUAUGAAGAAUAAUAUAAAUAGGAUCUUGUUUAUAAACCAUUGUUUUAUGUACACUUGUCUCAUGAGUUUGAUGUGUCAGUGUAGUGCAUCAAAUUCAGGCUGUGAUUGUCUUUGUUGGUAUUUGCCGCAAAAUGCCGGGGCACAACUCCACUUUGUAAGGAUUUCUUUUUGCUGAGGAAAAUGUUGGGGCGCUUGCAGUGGGGAAGGGCUUUAGGUUCGCUCUCAACAUUUAAGAAUAAUGAGCAGACUAAAUUUUGGUGGUAUUCUGGCGCGACGGUGCAAAAUGGAACUUACGAAUGAAAAACAUGCCUUAUUGUUCAAUGUUACAGGAGAAACGACCAUUUAUUCAUGUAAGUACAGUAUAUUGUUCCAUUUAAAGAUCAAUAAAGCAUGAGUUUUUUCCAUAAUACAUGGAUUUAGCUCUUAUCCGGUGAAUCACAAAAAUGGUUUUAUUCCAUGUAUCUUAUGUAAGCCACUGAAAUGUAUGGUGUUAAAUAAUUACAUAAAAGGUUUUAAAUGUAAAGAUGACAAAAUGCUUAAUACUUCAUAUAAUUUUCAAUUUAAAUGUUUAAUAGACCCCCGCAUGUGAUAUUACUGCGCUAGGUGGCAUACGUACUCAUCUACUGUAUGUACGUAAUUUUACCCAAGGCAUAGUGUUACUGUAUUGCUUAUCACUGCAAGUAUACACUGCUGUCCAAAAGUAUUGGCACCCCUGCAAUUUUGUUAGAUAAUGCUCAAUUUCUCCCAGAAAAUGAUUGCAACUACAAAUGCUUAGGGAAGAGUAUCUUCAUUUAUUUUGCCUGAAAUGAGAAAAAACAAAAUGGAAAAAAAAUCAUUUUACCCAAAACUCCCAAAAUGGGCCGGACAAAAGUAUAAUCACCCUUUG